CCUGGACCAAAAGGGUCGGGGGAGGGGAGGAAGCCAGUGCACUGGCGUGGCCGGGUCUCCCUGCUCUGGCAGAGGAGACUUUCUGCUCUCUAAGUCCUGGGGAGAGAGAAGACGCGGGUGGCCGCGUUGCGGGAUUACCCCAAAGGGACAAACACGGAAGUGCCGGUGUCCGGCGGGGCGGCUCUGUCUGGAACCCGAGCCUUGGCGGGGCUUUGCCCUCCCCCAGAGGUGUACAAAGCGGAAGUCUGCCCACCUUGGGGCUCCCACCCCCUGAAGGACACAGUCUGUCUGGAGCAGAGACCCCAGAGCCAGAGGGAAUGGCCCCCAGGACCCCGAGGCUCCCAUCUCAGGCCAGAUUUCUCUGCUUUCCUUGGGGACUGAGAUCUUUCUGCCUUCUGGUCCCCUGCUAGUGGUGGUGGCUGCCCUUUCCCUGGGCCUCAUCUUUCCUGUAUGAACUCUUUGAAUGCUCUUCAGAUUGGGGUCAAUAACAUUCAAGGAUGUGGUUAUGGACUUCACAAAGGAGGAGUGGUGCCUGUUGGAUAUUUCUGAGAAAGAGCUAUACAAGGAGGUCAUGUUGGAGAACGUGCAGAAUCUACUUUCUGUGGGGCUUAUAGUUCCCAAAGAAAAUUUUAUCACUUGUUUUCAACAAGGGGAAUCACCGUGGCUGCUAAAGCAAAAAGGCCAAUGGAGCUCCUGUCCAGAGGCAGAGACUAAUUUUGAAGUGAAGGAGAUAUGUACCAACCUGCGCCUUUUUAUGGAAGGAUCUGACCCCCAAAGAUGCAUGAAUGAGGGCCCCUAUGACUUUAUUUUGAGAGAAAUCUGUCACUCUGGUAUUAAGGUAAAUAAAAAUCCAAUGAGUGAAUGUGAAUUUGAUGAAACUGCAGAGAAAUUCAGCCAAUAUUCAGUCCUAAAUCAGUAUAUGAAAUUGACCUUAGGAAAUGACUCUUCUCAGGAUAAUGAAUACAGCUCAUGCUUUCCUGAAGAAGUAGGAUUUAUUCAGUUGCAAGAGAAAUCUCCUGAAAUAAUCAUGUAUCAAGGUCACAUAGGGGAAAUGGCCUUCGGCUGGAGUUUAGACCUCAUUAGACAUCCAAAAAGUAAAUAUAUAGACAUACUUUCUGUGAAUAAUAAAGUUGGGAGACCUUUCAGUCAAAACUCUGAGCUUGGUUCUCAUCAAAUAAUUCAUACUGGAGAGAAACCUUAUGAAUGUAAACAGUGUGGAAAGGCUUUUACAGUGAAGAGUAAUCUUAACAGACAUGAGAGAAUCCAUACUGGAGAAAAACCUCAUGAAUGUAAACAAUGUGGAAAGGCUUUCACUCGGAAGGGCCAUCUUGCCAGACAUCUGAGAAUGCACACUGGAGAGAAACCUUAUGAAUGCAAACAGUGUGGAAAGGCUUUCCCACGGAGGAACCGGCUUGCUUCACAUCAGAGAAUCCACACUGGAGAGAAACCUUAUGAAUGCAAACAGUGUGGAAAGGCUUUCACACAAAGAAACUAUCUUGCUGCACACCAGACAAUCCACACUGGAGAAAAACCUUAUGAAUGUGAACAAUGUGGAAAGACUUUCACAGAGAGGGCCUCUCUUGGUGCACAUCAGAGAAUCCACACUGGAGAGAAACCUUAUAAAUGUACACAAUGUGGAAAGGCUUUCACUCAGAGGGGCCAUCUUACUGCACAUCAAGCAAUACAUACUAGAGAGAAACCUUAUAAAUGUAAACAAUGUGGAAAGGCUUUCACACUGAGGGGUUCUCUUGGUGCACAUCAGAGAAUCCACACUGGAGAGAAACCUUAUGAAUGUAAACACUGUGGAAAGGCUUUUACAGAGAAGGGUUCUCUUGGUGCACAUCAGAGAAUCCAUACUGGAGAAAAACCUUAUGAAUGUAAAUACUGUGGAAAGGCUUUCACAAUGAGAGGUUCUCUUGGUGCACAUCAGAGAAUCCACACUGGAGAGAAACCUUAUGAAUGUACACACUGUGGAAAGGCUUUCACAAUGAGGGGUUCUCUUGGUGCACAUCAGAGAAUCCACACUGGAGAGAAACCUUAUGAAUGUACACACUGUGGGAAGGCUUUUAGAAAUAGCUCUGAUCUUCGUAAACAUCAGAGAAUUCACACUGGAGAGAGAUCUUAUAAAUGUACAUAAUGUGGAAAGGCUUAAAUAGACUGGGGCUCUCACUGAACAUCUGAGAAUCCACACUGGAAAGAAAUUUUAUGAUUGUAAACAGUGAGGCUUUCACACAGAAGAACAGCCUUGCUCUAUAUCUGAGAGAAACCUUAUGAAUAUACAUAAUGUGGAAAGUCUUUCACACUGAGUAGUGAACUUGCUAGGCAUCAGAGCAUCCACAAUGGAGAGAAUCUUUAUGCAUGUCAUCAAUUCAGAUAGGCUUUCACAUGAAGUUUCAUAGUUGCUUCAUUACAGAAAAUCCCACUGGAGAGAAACCUCAUGAGUGAUGCUGAUCUUAUAAUUGCUACUUUAACUUACUUAACAUAAGAGAAUCCACACUAAAGAGAAACUGUAAGAAUAUGAUCAAUGUGGUAAGCUUUUAGGCAACAAUCAUCUGUUAUUCUCAACUGAGAAUUCCUUUUGGAUAGAAAUCUUAUUCCUUUCAUGAAUGAAGAAAGACAUUGAAAUGGAGAGUCUAGAGCUUGUUCUGUAAGAGAUAAUGUCUUCUGAACAGACCAGUUCCAGAAGGAUUUUUUUAUAGGAAGGCUUUCAGCCGGAGAUCAUCUCUUACUUCAUAUCAGAGGAUUAAUAGUGCAGAAAAACCUGAUGAAUGUGCUGUUAAGGGUAAAUUUUAGGGUUGAGACUAAAUAUGAUUUUUAGUGGUCACUAGGGAUUUAAAAUCUAAAUCCCAAUGAAAUACUCAAGUCAGAAUGGAAUUUUAUGGUGGUUUCUUUACAAUAGAUGGAAGAAUAAGAAUGAGGGAGAGGGAGAGGGAAGGGAAGAAGAUCUGGUCUGAGCCAGGGGGAGUUCAGAGUUCCUAGAAGGUUAAAUUUACCUCAGCUUCCAGCCAUGAGGCCUCCUCCAAGAUGAGGGGCUUCCUUGGAGGCUGGUGCCUUCAGAAAGCCAAGGAAAGAGGAGUGUGGAAGAGGCAUGAUGAAAGAGAGGAUUUGCAGGACAAGCCAGACAUGCAGACCAAGGUGAAGGACCUGUCUGUCAGUCAAGGAGAAGAUUACAAAUGGAAUGUUCCCAGGAGAGGCAGUUGGGAGCCUGGCCAGAAGGGAGGAAACAGAUUUGGGGCUCUGGGUUUACUGACCAAGAGAGACUGGCUUUUUCUGACUUGGGCAGAGAGAAAGAUCUUUGUGGCUUUUGACAGUCUGGACAUGAGUUACUCAAGCAGAGAUUAUCUGAUUAAAGAAAGAAGAAGAAAAAUACUUGUCCUCCAAACUCUCUGAUUGUCCCUGAUUCACUGUUGUGACUAGACUGACAUUUCCCACACCCUCCUAAUUCUCCUUAGAAAUUAGGGACACCCUCAUCCCUCUCACCUCAGUUCUCCAUCCUGUUAUUUCCAAUAAACCCUUACCUUAGAAAGGAAAAAAAGGAGUUUUUCCUCAUAAAUCUCAUAGUCCACUCAAGGCGGGGGGUAGGGGGUUUUAAGCCACAGGCUUUAGAAUAAACUGGGAGGAGAAGGGAAGUGAAGGGAGGAAGAGGGUAGGAAAAAUAUCUUGAUUUAUUAACCACCAAUAGGAAUUAAUAGGCAGCUUCAUAGAAAACCCUCUAGCAGUAUCUCUAUCUCUCAUUAUCUCCCCUCUAUCUCCAUUACAACUAGAUAUUGUCAGGUGUCCCCUAGCAGCUCUCCAGUCAGCCAGAGUAUCCAUUUACCACAACCAGAAAUAGUUUCCACAGAUUAUCUAAUUUUAUUACAGGAGUCUGCCUUAACACUCACCACAUAGUUGCUUAAGGAAGCAGUCUCAGGUCUCACACGCCACACAUGCCAUGUUACACCACCAAAGCCCACAAAAGCCCUUCUCACAGGAAGUAACACAAAAUAUAAAGGCAGUUUUUUACAUCACUUCCUAUGUCUCACAUGUACUAAUGGUGGCUUAACAUGGCUUGUGUGGCGUGUGAGACCUGAGACUGCUUCCUUAAGCAACAGCCCAGGGGAUCAGUCAGUUGUUUCUGAUUUGUCAUUUGCUAGCACACUCGGAUCCUAGACCUUCCUCCCCCUGACUUAAUCCUUAAGUGGGGGUGUAUACAUUCCUGUUUCCUAAAAUUCUAAAGACUAAGCAGGGUGCAGUAAAUCUAAAAUUCACAGUGCUCAAGUUGUAUGUGCUUUCUUCAGGAGGGUGAUCACUAUUAUUUAGAAGACUAGAAAAGACUUUUUGGUGUAGCCCAGCCUCCCACAGAGGAGCGCUCAUUAAACACCCCAAAUUUCAUACUGUGCAAAAAAUAUUACAAUGAUAAAGACUUUUCCUCUGAGAUCCUAAUGCUUGUCAUUCUUCCUCACUAUUUGUCAGCAUUCAUCUAUUACAGUUUUUUUAGACAUUCUAGUUAAUUGGUACUUACUUGUUUCUUGUCUUUUGCUGGCACAUAUAGAUCUUACAGGAACAAAAUAAGAAUGCAUGGAAAAGAUGUGAAAGAGAUUGGGGGCCUGAGCCCUACUGUUCAAUCCAUUCUAUCUAUAGCCUCAGGCUCAUGAUGCAGUUUGCUGAUUUCUGGGUCUGAAGAGAAGUCCCACCCCUCUGAUGAAGUAAUAAGGGAGAAUUUGAGGUGUCCAAGAACACCUUGUCUCAUGAAGUAUCAACUAAUGGGGCCUCAGGGGCCAUCGUGAGGUUAAGCUGUCAGGCUAUUGAGAAACAGGACACAACUCCCUUCAUAAACAAGAGGCAAGGCACCUUUUGGGGGGAUGAUCGUGAAGGAGACACUUUUGCUUAAGGAAAUCUCAUGCCCCCAUUGAGAAGUCAUAUUAUCCUUGGAGAAGUAGCCUCAUAUUGAUGAUUGGUUAAAAUUCAAAUGUUACAAAUUACUCCUCCCUCUGAUGAUUACUUUCCCUCUAAUCAGAGACAGUAGAAUGGAGAAGGGGUUAAGAAUUUCACUUGCUCUUAUAGCUCACAAGGAAACAAGGAGUUUUAAGUAACUCUCUUCAAUUUUCUUCUUUCAAAUAUAGCCAAUAAAAUAUUUGAUGGUGUAAUGGAGAGAGAGAAACGGAGUCCCCCUCCACUGAAUUCAAGAACCAGAGUGUGGUAGAGAUGGUGUGGAGCCAAAAGUAGAGAGAGGGGAUAGAUUGGUUUCCCUCUUUCUUUCCCUGGUAAACCCCACACUGGUUGCCUUCUGAAUCACAAGUUAUUGUUCCUUCAGAGACUUGGUUGAAAUAAAGUACAGGACAGACAGUUUCUCCCUCUCUGAGGAGAGAAAUAUAACUUUCCUUCCCUUCAAACUCCCAAGUCUCUCUUUUUGGAUACUAUGAAUCAGGCAUUUGAUCUUGUAAACAGUUAUUUAUUCUAAAGGAACGUAUGAAAGGUAGGGCAAGUGAGUGGGAAGGUGGGAAAUAGGAAAUCCCUAAAGAUAACAAUUGAACCCCUUCUCCCCAAGUCCUGCAGGGUCCAGUUUUGCUUGACUGACCCUGUGAGAGUUGUCCUGACUCCUAGCUGUCUUAGCCAUGUUGUCAAGUUCAAGGAUGGUCUAGAGGAAUUGAGAGGAAAUCUUCUUGUAGUGAAUAGCUUUAUGGCAAAGUCCUAUUCAUUCUGGUUUGUCUUCCACUGGAUACUGGGAUCAGGCUUCACAAGAGGAUGCUCCAGGCUCAGAGGUUCGCUCAGUUCAGAUCAGCCUCCCUGGUGGGCUUCCCAAAGAGAAAUGAGUUCAACUGUUUGGAUCUUCUCAGUUCCUCUGUUCCUUCUCUGGAAUUCUCUCUCUUUCCUGCCCUUCUCCCACUCAAGAUGGUUUUCCAGCAUGAUGAAUAUGCUUUCUUCUCUUACAAUGGGUACAUAACAUCAUAAAAUAUUAAAUGAUACAAUAUUAUACAUUGUAUUAUAUCAUCAAGUUUUUAAAAUUCAUGUUGUAUAAUACUAUAUCAUAGAUUGUAAUAUUACAAUUAAUAUCAUAUGAUAUUAUAAUUUUACAAUAAUCCAAACAAA